AUGGGUCUUUAUCCUAUGCAGCAUCAACCCCACCAGCAACAGGGCCAGCAAACCUCGCAGCAACAGACUCAAUACCCUCGGCCCUCAAGCAUCGUCCAGCCCCAUCACUCCCAGGCCAGCCAGAAUCAGCAGCAGCAUCACAGCUCCUACCAGGCUUCGCAUCCCAUCUCCUCUGUCUAUCCCCAGACGAGCAAUCAAAGCGGAAACUCUCAAACUUCGCCCGAAGGCCUUCCUUACUACGCACAUUCUACCUACAACACUCCCGGUGCGAGCAGCGGAUACACAUCCGCAGACACCUCCGAAAUGAUGGCCGCAACGCAAAUCCCGAGGCACCCGUAUCCUCCUAUGCAAUAUCACGCGCCUCAGUCAAAUUCUCCAGCGUCCGUGGCCUCUCCCGCCCAGCAUGACCAUCAUCAGCAUCGUGGGAUCUAUGGCCAGCCCCCGGCGCAGUCGCUUCAGCAAACCAUGUACUACCCGCCCCAGCAGCAGCAGUACCAACCGAUCGCUAGCCAGCAGCCUCAAUCUGCGUAUGGACAGCACCCGCCCUGCAACAUCUGCUAUCAAUGCAAAUGCCGCUCCUGGCCCCAUCCCCGCGACAACCCCUUGGUGGUUCGACAGGAUCAAAAUGGAGUGCAGUGGAUCGCGUUCGAAUACUCUCGUGACCGGGUCAAGAUGCAGUACACGAUUCGUUGCGAUGUCGAGUCUGUCAACACGGAUGAGCUUGCCCACGAGUUCAAGACGGAAAACUGCGUCUAUCCUCGUGCAUGCUGCCCCAAGGACCAGUACCGGGGUAACAGACAGGUCUACGAGACUGAGUGCAACACUGUUGGUUGGGCCCUUGCCCAGCUCAAUCCUGCGCUUCGUGGCAAGCGAGGAUUGAUUCAGCGAGCCGUAGACAGCUGGAGGAAUAGCAAUCAGGACCCAAGGUUGCGAAGUCGACGGGUGCGACGCAUGGCGAAGUUGAACAAUCGAAAGGCGAUGCAGGGCACCGCCUCCCAGAGCCCACAUCUCGCGGGCCAUGGUGGUCCCGGGAUGUCUGGUGCGCCUCCACACAUGGGCCCCGGCCCGACAAUGACCAAGCCUUCCCUUAACAGCAUACCCCAGGCUAUGCACCAUCAUCCCGGUCACUCCCAGGAACAUGAUCAGGGAGCCGGUGAUGCAGUUGGCUCCACCUAUGAACAUCAUCACCACCAGCCAUCCAACCAGGAUGAGGAUGUUCGUCCGUCCCAGGUGUUCACGGGGUAUAGUUCAGGCCAGUCGUAUCCUGGAGGCAUGAGCCACAUGCCGGCAGUCGCGACUGCUCGGCGGCACUCGCGGACCGAUAGUGAUGAACCUGCCGACCUCUUCCCCGACAUGCCCGACGCGAAGAAGCGCAAGUUCAUCCUGGUCGAGGAUAACGUUCGCGGCUCAAGACUCCGGAUCCGAGUCACACUAGAAGGAGUCAACACCAAAGAAAUCCCGGAUAGCUUCCGCAAAGAUUCCAGCGUCUUUCCCCGAAGCUUCUUCCCUCGCGAGAUGCAGAGCCCGCCGCCCAGCGCGACUGGCAGCUCUUUCUUCCAAAAUGACCUCGAUGCUGAUAAUGGCAACCUCGAGACAGAAGGACGAGAGAUCUCGAGAAGGCGAGGAAGGGGUCGAGAGACAGCGUCGGUUAGGGUUCCGCUUGGCGACACCCGGGAGGGAGACUUGAUCGUCCCCAGGAUGCGGAGGAGCUUCCGUGGCAAGGAAGUAAGGUUGAAUGAACUCGGCUACAGGAUGGCAUGGCUCCAGAGCCGCGUGUUCUCCGGCCGGACCCUGUUCCUCCAAAGAGCUUUGGACUGCUAUCGCAACAAGGCUCGGUCCGCCAUCGAAUCCAUUAUGCAGGAUGUCAAGAAUGUGGCACCGCACUACGAGACGAGGGCUGGCAAGCGCAAAUGGAACGAGAGGAUGAGGAACCAGGAGCGACGAGAGCGCGAGUAG